GAAGUACACGCUUUCUACCGCGGUUACAGGUGCCUCGGCCAGCGUUCCUUUGCUUUGAUCUGAUUCUCUAUACACAGUAUUUACCUUCACCAUAAGAAAGCACUUCCCCUAUACCGUAUUUGUCUUCAUUCUUUUCUCCUCCCCGCAUGUCUGCUUCUGCUACUGUGAGCGCCGGUGCUGCCAAGGCGCCGCCGCACGCACCGGGCGAGCGCUUUCGCUGCCGCGUCGAUGUGGAGGACAUCUGCGUAAGCGUGGAAGGCAACGCGGCGUCGUCGACCACGGCGCUGUUUUGGGAGGAGGCGCGGGUGGCCUGCCGCUUCAACGGCGGCACGCAGCGCACGCGGUGGAUCGCCCUGCAGCCGGCCAUGGACGAAGUGAAGAGGGAGUUGCAGGCGGCCGCCCCAGGCGGUGACCUGACCGGCGCGGCGGCCCCGCAGACGGGUGGACUGCUCGCGCUGCCCUACACCGCGCUGAACACGAUGUCCUACGAGGUGGAGUUCACCGCGGCGGCGCCGGACGAUCCCGCGGUGGCGUCCGUCACGACGGUCAAGUCGAAGCGGUUCCACACGAUGGAGUUUGCGGUGGAGGCGCAGAACUUGCAUCGCGUGUACUCCGCGGUGGGUGGGGCGACGGGGGACCGUGCUCCCACCAGCGGCAACAUGGAGGUCAUCUCCGCCUCGCUAAACAAGAAGGCGGCGAAGGUUUCUGCGUGGACGCGCAGUGUCUUCUCCAAGCUGGGCAGUGGCAUCGGCGGCAGCGGCGGCAGCGGGGAGAGGAAGGACGAGAGCGGGGCGCGUCAGCGCCACCACCACAGCAGCUUAAAGGAGCAAAACGAAGCGGCAGUGGCCAAUAUGUCCGAUCACCCCGUUGCCUCGGUGCCGGCGCCAGGCGUUGGCGACACGACGGUGCACGAGGGCAUCUACGCAACGGUGGUGAAGAGCAUCGACGUCAGCGAGGCGUACAACCGGCCUGGUGGGCGGCAGUACUACUGUCUCGUAGUGAAGCCGGAGUCGCGCAAGCUGCCAGAGGCCGGCGUGGGUACGCCCAUCGCCGUCUCCUUCUCCGUUGUGGUCCACUACGGCCACUCCGCCAGCGUCCCGCGCAGCUUCCACAACUUCGCGAUUGUGGUGGAUCAAUUCGUUCUGGACUACAGUGAAGCGGCGCGGGUGCUGCCGCCGGAUCCGAAGAGCGAUGAUGCAGAGCCCCGGCCCAUCACAGGCUACGCCUUCGGGUACACGGCGAACACCGCAGCGAACCCAAAUGCGAUGGAGGUCGUGUCGAGGCCGGUGCCGGUAGCGCCCACCGAUGCGGCAGGCGGCGGCGGUGAGGCGGCCUUGCGUGUGGUGGACUUCGAUCGACUGCACAACGAGGUCGACGAGCGCAAACGCACGCCGGCGGACUACAGAGCGUUGCCGACGUCCUGCUGCGUCGUCUCGGGGUCCACGGGCAGUCAGCCGGCAAACCGGCCGCGCCUAGGCAAUCGGGUGGUCUGCGUCUCGCGCUUUAAGACAUCGCCAGAUGGCCUGUGCAAGCCGUCCUUCAAGUGCCAGUUUGUCGUCUCUCUUGUCCGCUUCUACGGUGCAAGCGACCAGUCGGUCCGCGAAUCUGCCGCGCCGAUCAACUUGGCGGCCCUCAUGAACCAAGAGAUUCUACCGCAGCGCAUCCGCACCGUGAGGUUUGAGUUGGGCGAGAUGAUGUACCUGCGGCUGCGGCGCUUCUCCUUUGCGGAGCCGGAGGUGUUGCGGGCGCCGCUGCUGCUGCCCUACGACUACAACAACGAGGAUGUGCAGCUGCCGGCACCACCGGCACAGCAGCAGCAAGAUGCACAGGAUAGCGACGUCCAUCAGAGUACUAGCGCAGCAAAGCGAUCAGAUGCACCACCACCGCUGCAGCAGCAGCAGCAGCAGCCUGCAAACGCAGAGCGCACUGCUGCCGCACCCGCGCCCCCAACUACAGCCUCCCGUGAAGUCCCAGCCGCCGCCGCCUCGUCCUCCUCCGCCUCGUCCGACGCGGCCCCGGCGUCCCCGCUGGAGCAGCGGAGUGGCAGCGACGACGACGACGACGCCUCCACGCCCCGCGCCGGCGUCCAGCACGAACCGACCGCUCCCAUGUUUACCCUCGAGCCGCAAGAGGACGCAUCGGCUUUGCAGUUCGGCCCAUCCACCACCGCGACAGCGACGAGGUACACAGGUGCGCAGCCAACGUCGGCGCCGGCGUAUGACCCGGUGGUGGCGGCAGCGACUGUGUGGGGCGUCCACGGCGCGGCAGACGACGGAAAGGCAGCUCCGGCGGUGGAGUUGACGCCGACCGCCUCGAACCCGUUCUUCUCCGCGCAGCACCGCGAGACCGCGGACGCCGCGGGGAUGUCGCGAGGUGCGACCGCGACGUCACAACACGACGGCAACCCCUACAACUUCGGCGCGGCGGAGGGCGACGAUGCGGCGACGUCGCCGAAGCCGUACGCGGCGUUUGAGCUGACUCCGUUGGAGUAA